AUGGGUCAAGGAAAGCGGCGGCAGGAGGAGCAGCAGGAGCGUCUGCAGGGUCACGUCUCUGGACAGGCGAACAAGCCCUUGACGGCGCCCGCGCAUGCUUUGAGCUACGGUGAUGUCGAAAAAGAGCUUCAAGUCAACCACGAGGUUGGCUUGACUCCAGAGGAGGCCAAGAACCUCCUGGAAGUCUAUGGGCGCAACGAGUUUGGCGAGCAAGAGGGCGUCCAGCCGCUCAAGAUCUUGAUUGGGCAAAUUGCCAACGCGCUGACUUUAUUUUUACUCAUUGAUGGUCUGGUGACGCGCCGAAAUGCACAGAGCGGAGCAGCCCAACCGGGCGCCGAUUUGGCCGUUUGCUCACCAUGCGUGUUGAAAGCCGAGAACUCCCUGGCUAACCAACCAUUCUUCCAGGUCCUCAUCCUCGCCAUGAUCGCCUCGUUUGCUAUCCAGUCCUGGAUUGAAGGCGGCGUUAUCACCGCCGUUAUCGUCCUCAAUAUCGUUGUCGGAUUUCUGCAGGAGUUCAAGGCCGCCAAGACGAUGGACUCGCUGCGCUCCCUUAGCUCGCCGACCGCACAGGCCGUUCGCGCUGGCGCCAAUCGGACCGUCGCCACCGCCGAGAUCGUGCCCGGCGACGUUGUUGAGCUUAAGACGGGUGACACGGUUCCCGCCGACGUGCGCCUCGUCGAGGUCGUCAACUUUGAGACCAACGAGGCCCUGCUCACCGGCGAGUCGCUACCUGUCCGCAAGGAGACGGCCACCAGGUUUGCGGCCGAUACAGGUCCGGGAGACCGGCUCAAUGUCGCGUACUCGUCGUCGACUGUCACCAAGGGUCGCGCGGUCGGCAUCGUGUUCGCGACGGGCAUGUUCACCGAGAUUGGCCAGAUCGCGGUCGCGCUCCGUGGCAAGAGCUCGCGCCGUCGCCAGCCCAAGAAGAGGCGCGAGGACGGCUCCGCCAGCUUCCACCGUUGGGUCGAGGCCUGGGGUCUCACCUUCUCGGACGCCGUUGGCCGCUUCUUGGGCGUCAACGUCGGCACGCCCCUCCAGCGCAAGCUCUCCAAGCUCGCCCUACUGCUUCUCGGCACUGCCAUCGUCUGCGCCAUUAUUGUCCUCGGCGCCAACAGCUUCAGCAACAGCCAGGAGGUCAUCAUUUACGCUGUCGCCACCGGCUUGUCCAUGAUCCCGGCCUCGCUCAUCGUCGUCCUCACCAUCACCAUGGCCGCCGGCACCAAGCGCAUGGUUCAGCGCCACGUCAUUGUCCGCAACCUCAAGUCCCUCGAGGCCCUCGGCGCGGUUUCUAAUAUUUGCUCGGACAAGACCGGAACCCUCACUCAGGGUAAUAUGAUUGUCAAGAAGGCCUGGAUCCCAGGCCGGGGCACCCUCUCGGUUGGCACCACCAGCGAGCCCUUCAACCCCACGGUUGGCACUAUUGGCCUGACGCCCAAACAGCCUAAAGACAUCAAGUUCAGUGCUGAGAACUCUGAAGGUGAUGCCGUCGACACUACCCAACUGCCCACCGAAGAUGUGACUGUCUGUGAGUAUCUCAAUGUUGCCUCCCUCGCCAACCUAGCUACCGUCCAGCAGGUAGAGGGAGAGUGGCAAGUCCGUGGCGAUCCCACUGAAAUCGCUAUCCAAGUCUUUGCCUCACGCCUCAACCGGAACCAUCUGCGUCUCUGCCAUGGCAAAGACGCCAAAUGGGCUGAGGUCGCCGAAUUUCCCUUCGACUCUGAUGUCAAGAAGAUGUCUGUCAUCAUGGAGCACAAGCCCACCGGCAAGCAGCACCUCUUCACAAAAGGCGCCGUCGAGCGCGUUCUCCCCUCUUGCCCGCGGUACGUCGACGGCGACGAGGUCAAGGAGCUUACCAAAGACGCGAAGGAAGACACGCUCCGCAAUAUGGAAGCCCUCGCUCGUCUCGGUCUCCGUGUUCUGGCGCUUGCCAGUCGAACUGACAUUCCUCACAUCAGUCACAACGAGGCCGAGCUUGAGCGUGGCACCUUUGAGAAGGAUCUUGUCUUCCGCGGUCUCAUCGGUCUCUAUGAUCCUCCCCGUCCCGAGUCUGGCCCGUCUGUCCGCAAAUGCCAUGAAGCUGGCAUCAGUGUCCACAUGCUGACUGGUGACCAUCCAGAGACUGCUCGGGCCAUUGCGCUGGAGGUCGGCAUCCUGCCGUCGCGCAUGUCGCAAGUCGCUGCUGACGUUGCUCGUACUAUGGUCAUGGCUGCUUCUGACUUUGACAAACUAACCGAUCAGGAAAUUGACACCCUCCCCAUCUUGCCUCUUGUUGUUGCUCGCUGCGCGCCCCAGACCAAGGUCCGGAUGAUUGAAGCCCUCCACCGACGUAGGGCCUUUGUUGCGAUGACUGGUGAUGGUGUUAACGACUCGCCUUCCCUGAAGCGUGCCGAUGUGGGCAUUGCCAUGGGACAGGCCGGAUCUGACGUCGCUAAGGAAGCAUCGGACAUCGUCCUUACCGACGACAACUUCGCUUCUAUUCUCAACGCCGUCGAGGAAGGCCGCCGCAUGUUUGACAACAUCCAAAAGUUCAUUCUGCACGUCUUGGCCGAGAACAUUGCCCAGGCUUGCACCCUUCUCAUCGGCCUUGCGUUCAAGGAUUCUCGUGGCAUCUCGGUCUUCCCACUUGCCCCUGUUCAGAUUCUCUGGGUCAUUAUGAUCACCUCGGGCAUGCCCGACAUGGGUCUCGGCUUUGAGAUUGCCGCGCCCGACAUCAUGCAACGCCCGCCCCAGAACCUCAAGCAGGGUGUCUUCACGCCGGAGCUGCUCAUCGACAUGGUCGUCUACGGCCUUUGGAUGGCAGCGCUCUGCAUCUGCUCGUUCAUCAUCGUACUCUACGGAUUCGGCCGCGGCGCCGCCGACCUCGGCGACGACUGCAACAACAACUACAACGAGAGCUGCAAGGUCGUCUUCCGCGCGCGCGCCACCACCUUUGCCUGCCUGACCUGGUUCGCGCUUUUCCUCGCCUGGGAGAUAGUCAACCUGCGACGCAGCUUCUUCCGCAUGCAGCCCAAGAGCAAGCGCUACUUUACGCAGUGGAUCUUGGACAUUUGGCGCAACAAGUUCCUGUUCUGGUCCAUCAUCGCCGGCUUCGUCACGAUGUUCCCGAUCAUCUACAUCCCCGUCAUCAACACCGUCAUCUUCAAGCACGCCCCCAUCUCGUGGGAGUGGGCGAUUGUUUUCAUCGAGGCCUUCCUCUUCUUCCUCGGUAUCGAGACGUGGAAGUGGGCGAAGCGCGUCUACUUCCGCUGCCAGGCGCGCAAGAAGACGGCUGACCGUAAAUGCGGCGAUAUUGAGGAGCGUGCCUUUGGCCAUUACUUCCGCUCUAAUACGCACAGCUCGGCGGGCAGCAACGACGAGGGCGCAUUCGAGAAGAAGCACAGCAAGAAUGUCGGAGCUCAAUAA